UUUCCUGAAUUCAGUUGGUCUGCGACCGUUGACGUGUUUACUAGCGUGUUAUUGGCGUGUGUGUGGCGUUUGAAGAAGACCGUUUUUCAACCGUUUUUGCGUCGUCGAAUUCGUGCGUGCGUGCGUUUCAAACGUUUUUAAGCGAAAAACGCGUGCAUUACUAGUCCGCCAAGCGGCUAAAAGCUUUUGCUCAUACAUUGUAUAGUGACACCUCCCCCCACCCGCGCGGUGGUUUACUACAAGUGAAAAAAGAAAAUCAAAUAAUAACAGUAACAAAGCUUAGUUGGCGAUUCUUUUCAGCCAAAUGCGUCGGCAGAAAGUACACAUUUCGCCCGCAAAGCCAACGACGGCGUUUCGAUCGCUACGAAUUGCUUCGAUUUGAUGUAAGUAAGUACAAUAAGAACGUGUAUUGUCGCGGCGAGCGCAACGUUACGCUGCGGUUAUUAGCGUGAAAAAGAUAACUUUUGUGCUCGCGUUUGUUUUUGCGCGUUUUUUUCUAUACACAUAUUCUGCUUGUGUGCGGCUGUGUAGGUGUAUUUGCGCGCGCACUCAGUUGCCGCAGUUUAUCUGCGUAAAUUUGACGGUAUUUUUGGACAUAAUUGCACCGGAUACGGACACAAGCUAACGGCGGAGCGAUAAAAGCGCACAGCGAUAUCUGGCCGAUUAUGCCUAUCAGUGUUACGUAAAUGUGUGAUUGGUAGCGGAAAUCUGCUAUAAAUAGAGUAAUUAAAAAUAAGAAAAACAAAAUACAAAAAGUUUUAAUAAAAUAGUUAUGAAAAUUAUUAAAUAAAGAUUUAAGCGAAAAAUAUUAAAGUAAAGUGACAAAUAAAGCAAACGCUUAUGAAAUGUGCAGUUUAUGUGAAAUUUUAGUUUGAAACAAAUUUCUAAAAAUAUUACCGCCAAUUUGCAGCUAAUGUGAACAAACAAAUCAAUCAAACAGCAGUUAAACAAAUAAAUAACAAAAAACAACAAAAUAAAUAAAACAAACUGAUAAAACAUAAAACAGUGUCAAGUGUAAAAAAGUAAAAAGCAAUAAAUUUAUUUAAAUGCAUAAGUGUGAAAUGUAUUAACAAAAAUUAAAAAAAAAACAACAAAAACAAAAUGUGUACUCUUUCAACAAAUUGUGCAGUGAAAAUUAUUGUUACAAAUCAUAAAAAUUAACUGUUAGCUUAGACUUCAACGUGGUCGUCUUUAAUUAACAGCAAAUAAGCAACCACCCACAAGCAAAAAUAAAAAAACACUACUAAACAAAAAGCAAGGAAAAGCUACGCAAAUUUUUUUCUUCGCCCUCGUUGUAUACAAAAAACCUUCAAAAUUAUUCUCGAAAUGGAUAUGACUUCAACAGCGGAAGCUGCCGCCCGCAGCUGGUAUGACAAUCCGCGUUUGGGCAGCUCUCCGCAAGCGAAUGGCCUGGGCGGCGCCGGCGCCGGCUUGGGACAUCACGCCCUCACAGCCGCUGGCAGCUCAGCGAUGGGCGGUGGCGCUGGCCUCGGUGGUGGCGGCGGCGGCGGUAGUGGUGGUGGCGGUCUUGGCGGCCUAGACACUACCGAUAUGAGCGCCUUCUACGCGCUGGAGAGCAACGGCCAUCACAGACGCUACUAUCCGAGCUAUCAUCAGCACACAUCCCGUAUGCCAUCGUCCCAUACAUCACCGCAAGUGUGUCGGCCGCACUUUCAUCCGCCCCUCGGUUCGUGGCUUACCAGCGAGCAUAAAUCAUUCGCACCCGCCAGCCCAUGGGGCAGUCCGUUUGCAUGCCCCCAGGAUCCGCAAGUGGACCAUAAGGUCGGCCAAAUUGGCCAAAGCCAUCAGACGACGGCGGGCCAACAUUCAUUUCCAUUCCCACCGACACCGCCAAAGGAUUCCACACCCGAUUCAGUACAAACCGGUCCAUCAGAGUAUCAGGCCGUUGUGAACGCGUUCAUGCAUCAGGCGCAAUCGACCGGCACUACCUCAAUAGCGGACACGAGUUGUGCGCUGGACAUCAAACCCGCCAUACAAAAUGGACUCGGCAGUCUGACGCAUAACGGCAGUCAGCAAUCGUCGGCGGCGCCAAAGCAGCGUGAAGGUACUAACAACAACAACAACAAUAAUAAUAAUAACACAAAUAACAACAACAAUACAGCGAACAACGGUAGUUCGCACAACAACAACAGCGGCAGCAAUAACAACAGUAGCGCGAACAAUAAUAACAACAACAAUAAUAGCGGCUCCGCCACCAACAACAGCAGUCACAAUGUACACGCACACACCUCCAGCGCCAAUACCAUCUCCGCCCUGAACGGCUCGAGCCUCUUCGAUGGCACCGCGCAAGCGCACUACGCCAACAGUCUGGGCAAUAGCAGCAGCAGUAGUGGACUCGGUGUGGGUCUCGGCGGUAAUGGUCUGACAGCGAAUACGUCACUUGGCAGCGCUGGCAGCAGCGCGAGCGCAAUGGGCGGUUAUGAUGGCACAUAUGCCUCGUAUGCGGCACAUCAUCAUUUGGCCAACACCUCAGCGGCGGUGGCACAUCAUCAGGCGGCCGCUGCAGCAGCGGCGGGUAUGUUUCAAAGUUCCUCAAUGGCAGCGGCGGCGGCGGCGCGCCACAGCAUGUCGGGCGGUCAUCAUACGCAUCAUCAUAUGAUGGGUGGUGGCGCGUCGACGGGUGUGUCGUCUGGGCUGGGGCAGAGUCAUGGUGGUAUUGGUGGUGGUAAUGGUAUUAGUGGCGGUGGCGGCGGCAGCAGCGGCGGUGGUAGCCUUGGCUUGGGUGGCCUGAACGGUGGCAGUUUGGGUGGCAAUAUGUCGGCUAGUCAUGGGCAUGGACAUGGUCACGGGCAUAGCCAUCAUACGCACAGUCAUGCGCACAGCCAUAGUCAGGAUGUGAAGCCGGCGCGUACGAAACCGAGAACCAGUGCGGAGGGUCGUGAAUGCGUCAACUGCGGUGCCACAUCAACGCCAUUAUGGCGACGCGACGGCACUGGCCAUUAUUUGUGCAAUGCCUGUGGUCUCUACUAUAAAAUGAAUGGACAAAAUCGACCACUAAUUAAACCAAAGCGAAGACUGACACUACAGUCAUUACAAAGCGCCGCGAAGCGAGCGGGGACCUCAUGUGCGAAUUGCAAAACCACAACGACAACACUUUGGCGGCGGAACGCCAGCGGCGAGCCAGUGUGUAAUGCCUGCGGACUCUACUACAAGUUGCAUAAUGUAAAUCGCCCGCUUACCAUGAAAAAAGAAGGCAUCCAAACGCGUAAUCGCAAGCUAUCCUCGAAAUCGAAAAAGAAGAAGGGUUUGGGUGGUCCAUGUCUACCUAUUGGCAGUCAUUUGGGUAUGGGUGAUUUCAAGCCACUCGAUCCAUCGAAAGGUUUCGGCGGCGGCUUUCCAGCUUCGAUGGCACAACAUGGCCAUCUUUCCAGUGGUUUACAUCCCGCACAUGCGCAUAUGCACGGCGGCUGGUAUACCGGCGGUAUGGGCGCUUUGGGUGCUUCUGGUGGCUUGCAGAGCGGUUUCUCGACGGCCGGUUCGCUGGGUGGCGGUGUGGUGCCACAUUCGCAGCCAUAUCAUCUUGGCUUGGGUUCGAUGGGCACCUGGCGUACAGAUUAUACGUGAUGGAGCGGGAACAAUUUGAAUAAUAAUUUAUUCAAUUGAAAGUAAACAAGGCAAAAACGGUAACGCAAAUCAUAUGCCGCACGCAAACAGUGCGUUUAACGGCAAACCGCAUAACAACAUGCGAAAAAAUAGGAAUACAAAAAUACCAGUGAACCAAAAAAGUCUUUAAGUAAAAUAAAUUAGCUCUACAACAACAACAAGCGACUAAAGAGCAGCCAUAGGAACGUAAAAGCCGUAACCGAACGCCUACGCCUACAACGUAUGCCAACAGCUCUAUAAUAUUACUAGUUACAACAAACAUUUGCAUAUAACCAACAAACGACUACAAUAACAACUUGCCAAGAACAACAAUCAACACAGAAACUUAGAAAUAUUUGCAAACAACAAUUUAGGCCGUAAAAUUUUGAGUUUCACCAAAACAAAAAAAUAUUGCAAACUCUUACGCGUUCGGCCUCCCUCUCUCUCCCACUCAUGCAACAGUAACUCUAAGUCGUUUUGGUUUUGGUCGAUAAUACCGGGAUUAUCCUGUCGCCGCCAACAUUAAUGAGUGCAACUGAAGUGGCCGUUCAAGUGGUCUGCAGCAUCAUUAGUGACCAACACCGAGCCCUCAAAGCAACCACACAAAGGAUCCACAAAAAACAGCAUGUCGAACACCUCGAUUCGUCUACAACCAAGAUUUACUCAAUUGAGCGUGAGAUUGUGCGCGCACAACAAAAGCAAAAAACCGAAGAAAUAUUGCGAAAACUCAAUUUCGACUUAGCCACUUCUCAGCCGCUCAGCGCUCGGUCACGCUGCACUUGUUGCCAAAACAG